GAGCAGCUGCCAAUCAGUCAGGAAGCAUGUGUCGAAAGCUGUAAAGUGUGGUCGCGCCAAUUGGCAGUGACACUGAUUAUUGAGGUCAAAUCGCGAGGAAAGAAUUCUGGAAGCUGUAUUCGAACGAAACAUUUUUGCUUUGCACACAGUCAGCCGAAGGUCUCCACGAUGGAUGUCUGCGAACAUCCCGGUCACCCUUGCAAUAGGCCACGAACUCUCUACACGUGCAGCUGCAACAUCAACGUGGACUGGUUGAAGGUAUAUCAUAAGCCACGUUGUAAUUUAGCCAAUAUGCACAACAGGAUUCUGAGUUUGUUGCAAGCAGUAGUUGGGCGGAACGCUGCAAUGAUCGUACAGAAGGAUAUUCGCUCUCCGCCACAAGUGCUUCGACAAUUUACUUGCGCUGAGAAAAUCGGACAGUGUCAUUCAUGCACCCCAAGCAUCAAGAAAGACUGGCAGCCAUGUUUCCUGGACCCUCCAAACCAAGCAUGUGUGGAACAAGAAGCCUUGGAAUCUUUGCUGUGCUAUCCUUUCCCAUGGAUGAGCACCAACGAGCGAAUGGCUCUCUCCGAUGUGGCAAUGUAUCGGCACCUGGUGUUGGCUUUUGGCAAAGAGGUCAUUGAUGACUCUUAUGAGCACAACAAAUAUGUUGUUCCACUUGAAGAUUCAUAGAAUGAUCAUACUGACAUGAGACUUACAAAACUACAUGGAAGGUUUCAUAGUACGGCGCGUUCAAGAAGUGAUCCUUUAUCUUAUCCUUCAAGAAA